GGGGGAAAGAUGGCGGCGGAAGGGGAGGCUCCGGGCCCCCGGCAACGGAGGUGGCGCGAAACGGGGCUGGCGGCGCUUCUGCAGCUUCUGCUAUGGGUGUCCCUGGCCGAGCAGAUGGAGGAGCAUCUGAAGCGGGAGCACUCGCUUACAAAGCCUUAUCAGGGUGUAGGCUCCUCCAGUUCCUCUCUGUGGGAACUUAUGGGAAAUGCUAUGGUUAUGACCCACUUUGUGCGCCUCACUCCUGAUAUUCAAAGCAAGCAGGGAGCUGUCUGGAACAGGGUGCCUUGUUACUUACGGGACUGGGAGAUGCAAGUGCACUUCAAAAUCCAUGGGCAAGGAAAGAAGAACUUGAACGGGGAUGGCUUUGCAGUCUGGUACACGAAGGAUCGCAUGCAGCCUGGGCCUGUCUUCGGGAGCAAGGAUAACUUUCUAGGGCUGGGAGUGUUUGUAGACACCUACCCAAAUGAGGAGAAGCAACAGGAGGCCCAGAAGAGGAGGUAUUCCUCAGGAAACCAGCGUGUGUUCCCUUAUGUCUCUGCCAUGGUGAGCAACGGCUCUCUCGCCUACGACCACGACAGAGAUGGGAGGCCCACAGAACUGGGCGGGUGCACAGCAAUGGUGCGUAACCUCAACCACGACACUUUCCUGGUGAUCCGCUAUGUGAAGAGGAGGCUUACCAUCUUGCUCGACAUAGAUGGCAAGCAUGAGUGGAGGGACUGCGUCGACAUCCCCGGGGUCCAUUUUCCUCGAGGUUAUUACUUUGGAGCAUCUUCUGUCACAGGAGACCUGUCAGAUAACCAUGACAUCAUUUCCAUGAAGUUGUACCAACUGACAGUUGAACGGACACCAGAAGAGGAAAAGCGGGACAAAGAGGUCUUUCUUCCCAUUGUGGAGAACAUGAAACUGCCUGGAUUGGAAGCUCCGCUGGAACCGCUCAGUGGCCUUGCUCUGUUCUUGAUUGUCUUCUUCUCCCUGGUUGCCUUGGUCUUUGCCAUCGUCAUUGGCAUUAUCGUCUACAACAAAUGGCAGGAGCAGAGCCGGAAGCACUUCUACUGAUCGCAAGGCACCCUGGCCUAUUCUUCAGGUUUUUGCCCUCUAGACUGCUGCUGGUGGCAUUGACAGGGGUGGUAGCAGAUGCAGAUGACAACUAGUCUAUAAGGACUGUCCUUUUUAGCCCUGCUACAAGGUCUCCAGUCCAGCUGGAUCUUGAAAACUUGUGAUGGGAUUGGCUUAGCUUGGGGACCUUCUUGUUGAGGCCCAGGUGGGGAAGGCAGCUCUACCUGCCCUUUUCACUUUGCCUUUUUCCGAACUGAGCUUCUACAAGAGUCAGUGGGUAUAGACAUAUCCGUGAUCAUGUAAUGUGAAAUGAACUUGCAUGCCACUGUGAGUAGAUCAGGAUACCUCCACCCGGUGGGGCCCACAGUUGACAACAUCUGUUGACCCCCUACGAAGACACCAUUGUGGUUGGAAGCCAGGAGCUUUGGUUCAGCAGGGGACAAGACGGCAGUGCUUGGUGUGCUUCAAGGGGGAAACCAGACCACGUGGUCUAGAUGUCCUGCUGAAGCCUCCUUGUCAAUAGCAUCUUGGAGAAGUCCCUGCCUUGGCCAGGAAAACUGAUAACCUAAAGCUGUAAGAAAUAGUGACCACUGCUCUUGGAUCCACCACAUAAAUAUUCCUAGUGCUGCUUAUGGGAUAGGGGAAAGAUGGAUACUAGCCUGGUGAAUCCCCUUCCCAUUCUGAAGAAAUAGAAGCACCUCAUUUCCCUUCUCAUGCCUUUUAAAAAACUUGAGGUUUCAGCCUGCUCUGAUCAUUUAUUACAAAGUGGGGCAGAGCAGCCAGCCCUUGCUGAAAGAAUUGACGGUGCCUUUCCUUAUUGAAAGGUCAAGAGCCUUGAUUAAUCUGCCAAGAAUAAUUGAGAUAAGGGUGGUUUUGAUAUCUAGAUUGGGAUAUCUGCAGCAAUUCAUACAAGGCUCUCUCUUGUCUGCAGUGCUCUGAGCCUCACUUUGGGGCAUUUUGCUGGAUGAUGCUUUAGUGUUCACUAACGCUCAAUAUGCUUCCUGAUUUGCCCACAGCCUGAUUUGCCCACAGCCCUGGAAUGCUCUAGAAAAUGCACUGUAACUGCAGGCAGACCGUUGUGUCCCAUGUGUGUGUCCUGGCAUAAGUCCCAGAAUCCUCCACAAAUGCACAGUUGUUCCAUGGCUGGAGUUCAGGGGCUUAUUUAAACUGAAAAUAUUUUUACAAAGGUCGAAAGCUGCUUUAAAAAACAAACUACUGUUCUAAGACAAACAAUGUGUUUUCAUUGCUGCACUGCUGCCUCAUCCUUUCUCUGAAGGAACUUCACUGCACUUGCUCUCAUUUGGUGCUACGACAGCCCAGCUCCCAGUGACUGAGGAUCCUUCCUCUGCCCCCCUCCCAAUGCACUGAUGAAGUUUCCCUUCUUGGUCAGAAGUUUUUAUUUUGGGGUCUUAGCCAACAAUUGCCCUUCGUUGAAGGAAAUAUCCUUUGUCACUGAGUCUGUUACUUUGGGAGUCAUGUGGGGACUUUUCACGUUUCUCCUCUGUGCUGGAGAUGUGGUUGUCUGACCUUCCCCCUCAUGGAGUUGACUUUAAAUCCAUUGGGGUGAAGAAGGGCAGGGCUGCUUUUCACAAGUACUGUGCUACUUUUAACAAGAGAAUAGCCCGUAAUUGCUCUGUUCAGUAGGGCAGGCGCACCUUGCCCGCUGAUCACUGAACUACAAUAUUCUGUCUGAGCUCCUCUACCUUUUCCCCCAGUGUCAAAAGGUUUUUAGAAAGGUCAUAUUAAGUGAUGCUGAUAUGUUUGAAGUGGGCUUGUGCACAAACGUUUGUUGUGAUUUUUAGGUUCUUGAAAGGAGGCUUCCUCAAAACCUCGUAUUUUCUUUAAAAAAUUGAGUUAAUCUGUUUAGAUGGAGUUAAUCUGCCGCCUAUCCUAGUUACAACAUCCUUCUCUUUGAGCAACAGUGGCAUAGUGGUUAAGAGCAGGUGCAUUCUGAUCUGGAGAAACCAGGUUUGAUUCCCCGCUCUGCUGCCUGAGCUGUGGAGGCUUAUCUGGGGAAUUCAGAUUAGCCUGUGCAC